AUGGCAUUGGAUGCCAUUAUCCAUCGGAAGGAAACACCCUGGUGGCGACAGUUUCAGGAUGCGCCAUGCCCAACACUCGCCAAAUCGCUCUAUUCGUGGCGUCGGCGCUUAGCACUCGACCAGAGCUCGCAACAAGCACCUGAAACUGCUGACGAUAUUACAGUAGUCUGCGUGUCGGACACUCACAACAGCCAACCAAAAAUUCCACCGGGCGAUAUUCUCAUUCACGCGGGCGACUUGACCCAAGGCGGCACCGCGGCAGAAUUGCAAGCACAAUUACAUUGGCUGGAUGCUCAACCACACGCACAUAAGCUCGUCAUUGCAGGCAAUCACGAUAUCAUACUUGACGCUGCCAAAUCUGCCGAGUUCGGAUUCUCACCUGAAGCUCGACAAGCGCUACAGUGGGGUUCUCUCAUCUAUCUUGAGCAUUCCUCUCGCACCGUAGAUGUUCGAGGGAGGAAAGUUUCCAUAUUUGGACACCCUUCGACUCGAAAGCAUGGAAACUGGGCUUUUCAGUAUGACAAGGGUGCUGAUGUUUUCCGCCAUCACGUCCCAAUGGCUGUUGACAUUCUUGUCACACAUUCUCCACCCCAGUUCCACCUUGAUGUGGCAGGCUGGGGUGAGGGUUUCCUGCUGCAAGAAAUCCAACGAGUGAAGCCAAAGCUGCACGUUUUUGGACACAUCCACGCAGGAUAUGGUCGAGAUGUAAUAAUUUACGAUGUGUUUGAACGCCUGUAUGAGGAUGUGUGCUCACACCACGGCGGUAUACUGGCUGUGCUCCACAUGAUAUACUUGCUACUUCACAUGGCUCUUAUGGGUCUAUCUCGCAAAGCAGAAAGCACUAUUCUGAUCAACGCAUCAGCUGUUGGGGGCCUUCGCGAGGAGAGUAUCCGGACAGUACAGACUGUGCGUCUGUGA